CACAAUUGUUAUCUUCUUAUUCAUCUUCCUUCCAUGACCAUGACAACUUUUACGAAGUUUUUGCUUGCUUUUGUCAUCAUAGCAACAACUUUUAGCAUUAAAGGCCUAUGUGCUCCAAACUCAGAUUCAGUUUGCAUUGAAAGUGAGAGACAAGCCCUCCUGAGGUUUAAGCAACAUCUUAAAGAUCCUUCCAAUAGGCUCUUGUCUUGGACCAUCCAAGAAGACUGCUGCAAAUGGGCUGGAGUUGUUUGCAACAACUUAAACGGUCAUGUCCAGAAGCUCCACCUUCGUGCUUCUCCUCGUCCUCGUCCUCGUCCUCCUCGUCCUCUAUAUGACGAGGAGGACUUAAAGUUGGGUGGUAACAUUAAUGCUUCUCUGAUAAACUUGAAGCAUCUGCGUUACCUGGACCUAAGCAACAAUGACUUCGGAGGAAUUCGAAUUCCCGGAUUCAUUGGUUCUCUGAAAAGUUUAAGAUACCUUAAUCUCUCUUGUGCAGGAUUUGAAGGGGUGGUUCCACACCAGCUUGGAAAUCUCUCCAGCUUGCGUUAUCUUAUUCUUCGAGAUCUCAUUUCCUAUUACUACUACUACUACAAUCACAAUUCCUUGCGGAGUGGUGAGAAUGUUGAGUGGCUUUCUGGGCUUGCUUUGCUACAGCACCUGGACAUGAGUGGGGUGAACUUAACAAGAACAUAUAACUGGCUGCAGGUGAUGAACGCCCUGCCUUGUUUGGUUGAAUUACAUUUGUCCUAUUCUAGUCUCACUCACUUUGAUCCAUUACCUUCCGUUAAUUUUACGUCUCUUAGAGUCCUUGAUAUUUCUCGAAAUAGUGUUAGUUCUCUGUUACGUGAUUGGUUUUUCAGUAUAAAAGGCCUCACCUCUCUUAAUCUACGUGACAAUAGUUUGCGAGGUCCAAUUCCAAGUGGUCUUCUUAACAUGUCUAGUACUCUUGUACAUCUCGAUCUGUCUGAAAAUUAUUUGAAUUCUACCAUACCCACUUGGUUGUACAGCUUUAAGCGUCUUGAGUCCGUUGACCUUGGUUUAACUUCUCUGCAAGGUGUGAUCUCUAGUGCCUUUGGAAAUAUGACUUCUCUCAUUGAUAUCCACCUACCAGCCAAUCAACUUGAAGGGAAAAUACCAAGUGAAUUACAGAAUCUUUGUAACUUGAAGGCGAUUGUUUUGGGAGGAAACAGAUUUAGUGGAGAGGUAUCACAAGUGUUUAAAAGUCUGUCCGUAUGUGCUAUAUAUGCUUUGGAGUCGUUGAGUUUAUAUUCCAAUCAACUUUCUGGUCAUUUAACAGAUCAACUUGGACAGUUUAAAAGUUUGCGCUUCCUCUGUCUAUCGAGUAAUCUAAUUUCCGGUACCAUUCCUGAAAAUCUUGGACACCUUUCAAAGUUGGAAGUCCUUUCGAUCGGUGAUAAUUUGUUGGAAGGGGUUGUUUCUGAAGUUCACUUCGCUAGUCUUGCAAAUUUAAAAGACUUAUUUGCAUCUUCAAAUUCAUUGACUUUGCAGUUGAGUCCAAACUGGAUCCCACCCUUCCAACUUAUUAGAAUAGAUUUGAGUUCUUUGCGUGUGGGGCCAGAAUUUAAAAGAUUUGAAUUCAUUGACUUUGCAGUUGAGUCCAAAAAGAAAUUUCAUACUUGGAACUAUCCUCCGCUGGUAUAUCCGACGAGAUUUCCUCUUGGUUUUGGAACUUGUCUUCCUACGCCUAUCAUGUAA